CUCUCUUCUGGUGAAGAUGUGCAGCCAGGCGAGGAGCCCAUCAAGUAUGGCGAACUCAUCGUCCUGGGAUGCUGUGAGGAAGGAGGUGAGGAAACCGAGGCUCAGAGAGGGGAAGUGACUGGUCCAAGGGCACACAGCUGACUAAAGGCCAGACUCCUCAGCCUGGUUUUCUGGGCCCUUCCACGGACCUCAUCUUCUCCUGUUGCACUUCACCACCCGCGUCACCAUGCCCUGAUCUCAUCAAGCUCUGCCAGCCUCAGGGCCAUUGCUUACGAUGAGCCUUACCUCUAAAAGGGCUUCUGCAGGAGAGGCUGGAGUCAGACAGACCCGAGUUCAAAUCUAGACUUUUUUCACUUAUUAGCCUGGGACCUCGGGCAAGUCAUUUUACCUCCCUGAGCCUCAAUUUUCCUCAUUUGUAAAAUGGGAAGAAAGACACUUGCUUGGCAGGACAGUGCGCAGGUUCCAUUAGGUAAUUAAUGAAGCACCAGGAACAUGGGCGGCUCCAGUACAUGGCAGCAAUCAAGUCUGUGACUCACCCCAUCCUUGCUUUCCACAUCAUUCCCUCCGGACAAGAGCUGGAAAGGAAGCUACAAUGGUUGUCUAUCAAGUGGGGACAAGGGCCGCCGGCGAAGCCGCCUGGCACUGAACCGCAGGCCACAUGCCAACGGAGUGAAGCCAGACGUCAUGCACCAUAUCUCCACGCCGCUCGUCUCCAAGGCACUGAGUAACCGGGGCCAGCACAGCAUCUCGUACACACUGUCCCGGAGCCAUUCGGUCAUAGUCGAAUACACACAUGACAGUGACACAGACAUGUUCCAGAUCGGCCGCUCCACAGAGAACAUGAUCGACUUUGUGGUAACAGACACGUCUCCUGGAGGAGGGGUGGCCGAGGGCCCCUCUCCCCAGAGCACCAUCUCCCGCUAUGCCUGCCGCAUCCUGUGUGACCGCCGGCCGCCCUAUAUUGCCCGCAUCUAUGCCGCCGGCUUCGAUGCCUCCAGCAACAUCUUCCUUGGAGAGCGGGCAGCCAAAUGGCGGACCCCCGAUGGCCUGAUGGACGGCUUAACCACCAAUGGGGUCCUGGUGAUGCACCCAGCGGGCGGCUUCUCUGAGGACUCGGCCCCAGGUGUCUGGCGGGAGAUCUCAGUCUGUGGGAACGUCUAUACUCUGAGGGACAGCCGCUCGGCACAGCAGCGGGGGAAGCUGGUGGAGAACGAGUCCAAUGUGCUGCAGGACGGCUCCCUCAUCGACCUGUGCGGGGCCACGCUGCUCUGGCGCACGCCGGCGGGGCUGCUGCGGGCACCCACGCUGAAGCAGCUGGAGGCCCAGCGGCAGGAAGCCAACGCCGCGCGGCCCCAGUGCCCCGUGGGCCUCAGCACCCUGGCCUUCCCCAGCCCCGCCCGGGGCCGCACGGCGCCUGACAAGCAGCAGCCUUGGGUCUACGUUCGGUGCGGCCAUGUCCACGGCUACCACGGCUGGGGCUGUCGGCAAGAGCGGGGUCCCCAGGAGCGCGAGUGUCCUCUCUGCCGUCUCGUGGGGCCCUAUGUGCCCCUGUGGCUCGGCCAGGAGGCCGGCCUCUGUCUGGACCCCGGACCGCCCAGCCACGCCUUUGCACCCUGUGGCCAUGUCUGCUCUGAGAAGACUGCCCGCUACUGGGCCCAGACGCCACUGCCCCAUGGCACGCACGCUUUCCAUGCCGCCUGUCCCUUCUGUGGGGCCUGGCUCACCGGCGAGCAUGGCUGUGUCCGCCUCAUUUUCCAGGGACCACUGGACUAGGCUCCCAGGACCCCCUGCUGCCUCGCCCGCCUGCCCACCCAGGUCCCCCACCUCCUGCAGCCUAGAGGGAGCUCUGCAUGUGGGACUCUACCUGCUGGCACCUAGCCACACCACGUGGACACAUCGGAUGGGCUGUGCCCCUCCCCUUUUAACCCAAAGGUGUUCCUGAGGCCCGUACUCCAGCCAGAAUGAUGGGGCCCUCAGCACCAGCUCUGUCCUGGCCUGAUGGAAGAAAGCCCACCCCCAUCCCUGGCCCCUCCUGGAGUGUCUCACAUCAUGCCGCCUACACUGUGCCGCUGGGGGAGUGAAAGGGCCCUGGGCCCCUGACCCCCAGUUUAGGCUGGCUGUGCCCGGAGCCUGCUGACCCAGCUUCAGCUGUUCCCCCUGCUGCUGCCGUGGGGUUCUGUAAACCUUGCUGCUCAGCUGCCCUCACCAACCCCACGCGUCCUGCAUGUGUGCAGUGUCCCAGCCCCUGAUGGAGUUCCAGGCGGGCGGCAGGCUGGGACCAGCAUCUGCUGAAACCACUGUGGUCUCGACUCCAUGCCAGGUGGGUUCUGGGGACACAAAGACCAUCAGGCCUGGUCCCUGUCUGGUGGAGUACACAGCCGAGUGGACGACAGACCGCAUUGCCGAAUGACAGCAUGGCUUCCUGUGUGCCCGGGUCCGAGAGUUACCAGAGGCUGCGGUGGGGGUCUCACCGGCAGGUGGAAAAGUGAGGGAGGGUCACAGGGGAGGUGGCAUAGGAGCUCAGGGAUCCCCCACAGGAAGGGGAGGGUGCCCUUGGCAGGAGGGAGAGGGAACACAGGCUCAGAGGUAAGGAAGCAGGAACUGAGUGGGGUUCAGAGUGGCUGGAGCAGGGGCUCCGGGAGGGCAGGAGGUUGGGGCUGUGCUGACAGGGAAGAUGCUGGAUGGAGGAUUCGGAACCUCAUUUGCGGACAGUCAGGAGCCGAGGGAGGAGAGAGGACUCGCAGUUCCAGAGCUUUGGCUGUGAUAUAAGGGCUACCCUUCCCGAAUGCCCACUUGUGCCCCGCACUGUGCUAAUGAUAAUAAUAACUAUGUUCAUUGAUCACUCACCAGGCAUCGGGCUCUGCUUCUCAGAGGUUCGGGUAUUUAAUCCUCCUGGGAACCCAGGGAGGGAGGUAUUACCAUUCCUAUUUAUGGGCAGAUUAAGGUACGUGCUCCACGUCCCGCUGCUAGGAAGUGGCCAGGUCAGAUUCCCGUCCACGGCUGCCUGCCUGGACGCAGGGCCUGCCCUCUUCUCCAUUACACGGUGCUGCUUUCCUGGGUGGGAGCCGUGGGGAGGGCAGCCCAGGUAAGGGGAGCAGCCUGGGCACAGGUGUGGCCUGGAAAAUGGGCCGGGUGUGGAGGGGGCAAAAAAGAGGAAAGAGGGUGGGGACAUUGGACUGGGGCCUGGUGGGCUGUGGUUGCCAUGGAGGCCAAUCUGAAUCGGAUCCCUGAGAGCCAAGACAAGCUUGGGGUGCUGCUGAGGUUGCCCUCAGACUAUGUCUAGGGCAACGGUUGCCAACCGGUGGUCCACCGACCACUGGUGGUCCGUGAGGUCCGAAAGGUUGGCGAUCGCUGCUCUAGGAGGAGUGAGCAAGGGUAGACAGAGGUUCUGGAGAUAUAAAAACCUGAAGAAGAGGCUCUGAAUACAAGCCUGACCUGGACAUCAUCCCCAGUGGAAGAUGGCUGUCUUAGGGAGUGCAGAUUCCUGGGGGGGUUAGGGGGAGGACGGCCGCCCCAGGGCACACAGCCAAUUGGAGCACAGAGACCCGACAUGGAGCUAUUGAGAGGACAGAGGGCCCCCAUGAGUGGUGAGAGGGGGAUAUGAUCAGCCUUGCUUUCAGAGCAGCACGCUGCCAGAGUAGGGGAGCCCCGCCGGGGGAUGCUGGGGGCGGGGGUGGUAUGGAAGGAUGGCGCUCCUACACACACACAGAGCACUAGGAAUCCAACUCUACCCAGUGGCUUUCUCUCGACUCAGUUGGGAACCAGAUGGGAACACCCUGGUCCCAGGUCUAGCAGGGAACCUCAGACUCUGGAAGAGAGAUGAGCAACGGGCACAGGCACAACCCCGAGGAGAACUCACAAGUUUUGGUGGAGGGGAUCAGACCCCUGGUCUUGGCCCAGCUCUGCCCUUUUCCACUCCUGGAGUCUCCGUUUCCUCAGUUGUUAAAUGGAAUAAAAGUCCCGUCACCAGGUGGUUGUGAAUUA